AUACGACCCCUGUAGUAAACGCUGACUCUAUCCACGUCUACGGACAACCGCCUACAGAAGAACGGGUGUUUCAGCAGAAACUAUAUGUAAAGCUUUGUCUUUUGUGACGGGCUUGAUGUAGUAUCCGACGAGCCAGUCGCCGGUGAUGCAAAGCAGUUUGUUUUUCGAAGUCGGACGGAGAAGCCGCCACAGUGCUGUUCAUUUUCGUCAGAAGUGGUAGAGGCUGCACACCAAUAAUUAUUUGUUCACUCGACAAGUCUAAGGACGGAAGUCCUCCUUUUGAGUUACGAAAAACCACGCUCGUCAACUGAAUCGUGUCAUGUUUUCACUCCUGGGGGCUCGAAACAAGACAGCAACGUCCCCCCGGAAGUGGGAGAACCAGCGCAAAAUUCCUUGCCAAUAGUGCGCCUGAAAUUUGAAUUGGAUAUAGUUGUAAACAUUUCCAAAGCUGAAGCGGUGCUCUCAAAUGCAGAGCGACUCACUGUUUGCUUCUAAAUCUUUCAGUUUCCAUCCCUGUUGCUGGCACCUUGUGUACCAGAGGGGCGUUUACAGGGUGCAAACGCGUCGUCAAUUCUGCCUUGAACACUGAGUGGCGAAACUGAAGCGUCCCAUGGUUUCAGGUGGACAGUCAGCAGUUUGUUUUUUCGGCCUCUGCUAGCCCCGGAUUCAGUUGAAUUACCUCUAUAUUGGGUCCUUGUCACCCAUGUACUAUACCCCGGUCAGCUCCGCUGUUCAGUAUCAUGACAGAACGUGUCUAAAAGUGUCAAUUCGAGCCUACAUGGUCCGCCUAUUUGGAAGCAACAGUUGUGUCUAAGGUGAAACAGGAAUAACUCCGUUAGGUGUCGUGCUCGAGGGCCUGUUUUUCCUCGAGCGCGUUUAACACGCACUUCAGACUGUCGACGGGUUCGCUCUCAAUCUAGAGGUUCUAGUUCGGCCGCCACUGUUGAGUUGUAAAUCCUAUUGUUCGCAGCCAAUCCUUUGAACUUCUAAGCCUGUAUUCAUAUCUGGUACGCAAGCUUGAAACCGGAGUUAGAAAGUGGCAAACGCACAAACUUUCUUACCUAUGGGCAUUUUCGGAGUACGUCCCCAUGAAGCUCAGUCCAGAUGUACACGAAUGAGUACGCCAGGGUGGGUUGAAUUUCCGUUGUACUUAAGUAGCUGAAUUCAAAACAAACGGGCAGGCUUAACCUUAAAGCCGUCAAGCGAAGUCCAUAAUCGCUAGGACAGUUGUGUGCGAUUUUCGGAAAUUGAGGCGGUGCGAAGUGACCAGCACCGGUUGACAUAUAUUUUAACUCUCCAUCUGCGGAGUACAAAAGGCACUGUUGGAGGCAACAGGACCAGCAUUUCUGUAACGAAUCUGAGCAAUUUGGCUUGCUGCCUGCACAAAGCCUCUACCUCUCGGUGAACAGUGAUGGAAAAUGGCGGGCAUCGGUGUCCAGGCCCAAAUUCGUCACAAUGCAGAGGAUAUCCGAAAUUACUUUGAGGACCUCAGAAAGUGGGAGAAGGAGAUGAAAGACAAAGAGAAACAACAGAACAAAACUCGGCACACCGCAGUCGAGGCUCUAAAAGAGAACUUGACGUUUUCUCAGCAAAAGACACCGGAGAGUCCGCCGUCGGCAGCGCAGAAAAAGCCUUCUUCUCCGCGAGAAAGAAACCGGAAGCUGGCGCGCGAUGAGAACUCUUUACCCGCGUACUACUCCGCGUGGGAACGCUUCGAUGUUGAUGAGGAGCUCGAAAAAAUCGACAGGGAAAGUGCGAAAGAUCCUGGACUAAUUACUGCUUCCUCAAAGGCACCACCACUGCAAACCUCACGCCACACACCCAAGAAUGAAGCGAAACAGCACGUGUCACGGUCGAAGAUGAAAGUGCAGACACGCACUUGCCGGCGACACGGUGCGACACAGGACAAUGAGGCUCUGCCAGUCCGUCAUUCUCCGAAGAGCGUUACUUUUGAAGAAGACAAUCAGAUGCAACUGCUUUCCAAGGAGGCUACGGAGGCGGAAACGAACGUCAGAAAGGCAUUACUUCUUAACCUUAGCGGUAUCGAACAGUUUCGACAAAAGAACUUACGCAGUGCUUGGCGAGCGUUUCAGCUUGCGUUUGCGGCGAUGGGGCAAAGACCUAUUUCUUGUAAUACGAGGUGCGAUGGAACCGACUUCCAGCUCUCGGCCGUCCCGAAGCCAGCCGUGUUUCGCCAUUUUGCAAAGCUGCAGUCCGUGAUCUUGUCCAACGAUGGGUUUGCGCAACUUGGACUUGCUCGAGCUGCCACAGCUCUUGAGCGUGCAAAGGAAGCGAAGAAACUGUGGCCCGAGAGCCCGUUUGUUGCCUUUUUGGAGGCCUCGUGCUCACGGAGACAGGGCGAUUAUGCUGCUGCGAUAGAACGACUCAUCAGUUUGGAAAAGCAGAUGCAACAUAGCCAACGUUCUCAGGCAACGUGUCCGGCUCAGAGUCAGUCGGCUCGAGGUGACUCGACCACUGAGGAAUCUCUUACCAAUGCACUUCAGCCGCGAGAAACUACGGAACAGGGGAAGACCACGAAAGAUGCAGCAGCCGAAGACUUGAAAAACGACAGCCUCGACGCGUUUGAUAAAAAGAACUGGGACAGCCUGAGUUUCCGUGUCGCGAUAUAUCAUCCAGACAGCCCAGAGCAAACAGUGGUCUGCAGUGGCACAGUUGGCGGGACGGAGGCAUCGGUCCUUCAGGCGGCGACAGGCGACUCAAGCUCUCUGGCUGGCAUCAGGCAUAAUAACGCCGGUGCCGACCAGGAGCGAAGCAAUAGUCCGAGUUUCAAGUCUGGCAAUAACGUAUCGAACACAAAUCCAGAGCAAGCGCUUGCAACUGUGCGAAAUCAAGAGUCUAACAUGAAUAAUACUCUCGCUCAUCGUCUGAAAGAAAAUAUUGAGGAACUUAGGGCUCUGCAGCGGGAACGGCAGGUCGUCGCCAGACAGAUCCGCCAGCAACGCUUCUACGAAGAGACGGUAGAAAUUUUAGGCUGCAUGAAGAAGCUCCGACAGGAAAAUGAGGAAAUUUCGCCGCUUCUAGUCGACACCAAUCAGAGCAGCAAAGACGCGACGCCUGCGCAUGGAGCCGAGCGACCAGCGCUGAAAGAUGGCAGAAAACGCGAGAAUGGGAAAACGGCAAAGAGAAAGUGUCUUGCACACACAGAUGCAAUUGCUAGAGCCCUCGUUUCCACACCGACACGAAAUUUAAGUAUUCUUUUCUUGGAACCAAGGAACGAUUCACGCCAAACAUCAAUCUGUUUCUCGACCCAAGGCGGAGAGGUUGACCCUGUCGACGGCGGGAAACCUGCUGUUGAAGUCACCAAAAGUGUACGGGAACCCAACGCAUGCCGAAAAGGGGAAGUGGAAGAAGAAUCUCGCGCUCCGCAAAUGCCACGUGAAAGUGUUCGCGGAGACAGCAGCCAGGAACAGCACGCAAAACACUACUUAAAAAGCGGCAAAGAGGACACCCGCACAAUUCUCUCGAGCGGAGGCGCUAGACGGUUGAAUGGAACGCGAAGACAGGAUCCUAUUGUGUCAACUCCGAGUACUCCCCCGCUACCAGUAACCUUCUUCUCCUUUGUUCAACAAUGGAGUACAAAAUGUCGGCAUCAUAUGUAUUUCAAAUCAGAGGAGCGGGAUGGUGGCAUAGAUGCAUCAACAAGGAUAGACAGUGUGGCAACUGAAGGAAUUCCUCCGGAGAACAGAGGAAUUCCGGAUGUUUCACGGGUCACGUAUGACGAAGGCAGGGGGGAACGAGCACAGUUCCCCUCCUCCGCAGAAGCUGCUCAGGUGGGUGCCGGCGUGGUCGGGUUGCCUGUGGAGUCUGAGGCAAAACCAGUCACGUGUAGGAGAAUCGUAUGCCGAGCCUGUGCAACCGAAAAAGGCACGUUGCUCGAGCGCCUCGCCACUGCAGGUGUGAUCGGGCGACUGUUCGGUGCCUCCCUGGAGGCUGAUGUUCUCUCACAGAUACUUCGAGUCUUGCUAGAUCUACUUGAUGCUUCCUCUGCAAAACUAUCUUCGGAAAUCCGAGCAAACCCAAGUGGCCUCAAUACCUGCGAAGAUGGACAUGCCACGGUACCAACAGCAACUGGAGUCACAAACUGGUCUCUGCCGCGGGUGAAACAAGUUACCGCUGAAGUAUUAACCCAACUGAGUGACGGCCAGGCCCGUUUCUGGUCGCUGCUGUACCAAUUAGAGCCUGAGGAGCUUGCUUGCCUUGAGAAGGCGGUCUUCCUCUGUUUGGGUGACGUGACCACAGACGAGACUGCAGGAAAGACUCAAGGCGAACCUUCAGCUUUUUCAAAUGCCACUGCUCUGUCGGGGCAAACACCAGGUCGCACGAGUCUGAACACGAGCGCCGCUCAGAAGCGAAAGCUAUUGGAACAGCUUCACCACCGCAUCUCUACCUUGACUUCUUCCUGA